CCUACCAGUGCACCACUGUGGAAGGAAGACAGCAUUUUGCUUGUGUUGGGGCAGCUGAAGUCAGAUAGAGGCAUUUCAGUUUGUAUUUGAUCUAAUCUGUGGCUGAAGCCAUGGGACUUAAUCUACGUGUGGUGUUGCUAUGGCUGCUGGUUAUUGGAGAACUUGAAGCUUACAUUAAAUCUUCCUAUCAUGGUUCUAAUCCUGGCAUUUGGGACAUGAGCUACCAGCCCCAGGGGCCGAGCUACCAACCCAAGCACCAGCCUCAGGUACCGAGCUACCAGCCUCAGGUACCGAGCUACCAGCCUCAGGUUCCCAGCUACCUGCCCAAGCCCCAGGUUCCCAGCUACCAGCCCAAGCCCCAGGUUCCCAGCUACCAGCCCAAGCCCCAGGUUCCCAGCUACCCGCCCAAGCCCCAGGUUCCCAGCUACCCGCCCAAGCCCCAGGUUUAUUCCCUUCAUCCAAGGUCCCAGGCACCUCUCUACGAGGCCAAGCCUCAGCCCAUGCCCCAGGCGCCCCGCUACCAGGCCAAGCCGCAGCCCGUGCCUCAGCCCAUGCCCCAGGCGCCCCGCUACCAGGCCAAGCCGCAGCCCGUGCCUCAGCCCAUGCCCCAGGCGCCCCGCUACCAGGCCAAGCCGCAGCCCGUGCCUCAGCCCAUGCCCCAGGCGCCCCGCUACCAGGCCAAGCCGCAGCCCGUGCCUCAGCCCAUGCCCCAGGCGCCCCGCUACCAGGCCAAGCCGCAGCCCGUGCCUCAGCCCAUGCCCCAGGCGCCCCGCUACCAGGCCAAGCCGCAGCCCGUGCCUCAGCCCAUGCCCCAGGCUCCCCGCUACCAGGCCAAGCCGCAGCCCGUGCCUCAGCCCAUGCCCCAGGCUCCUCGCUACCAGGCCAAGCCGCAGCCCGUGCCUCAGCCCAUGCCCCAGGCUCCUCGCUACCAGGCCAAGCCGCAGCCCGUGCCUCAGCCCAUGCCCCAGGCUCCUCGCUACCAGGCCAAGCCGCAGCCCGUGCCUCAGCCCAUGCCCCAGGCUCCUCGCUACCAGGCCAAGCCGCAGCCCGUGCCUCAGCCCAUGCCCCAGGCGCCUCGCUACCAGGCCAAGCCGCAGCCCGUGCCUCAGCCCAUGCCCCAGGCGCCUCGCUACCAGGCCAAGCCGCAGCCCGUGCCUCAGCCCAUGCCCCAGGCGCCUCGCUACCAGGCCAAGCCGCAGCCCGUGCCUCAGCCCAUGCCCCCGGCGCCUCGCUACCAGGCCAAGCCGCAGCCCGUGCCUCAGCCCAUGCCCCAGGCGCCUCGCUACCAGGCCAAGCCGCAGCCCGUGCCUCAGCCUAUGCCCCAGGCGCCUCGCUACCAGGCCAAGCCGCAGCCCGUGCCUCAGCCUAUGCCCCAGGCGCCUCGCUACCAGGCCAAGCCGCAGCCCGUGCCUCAGCCCAUGCCCCAGGCGCCUCGCUACCAGGCCAAGCCGCAGCCCGUGCCUCAGCCCAUGCCCCAGGCGCCUCGCUACCAGGCCAAACCGCAGCCCGUGCCUCAGCCCAUGCCCCAGGCGCCUCGCUACCAGGCCAAGCCGCAGCCCGUGCCUCAGCCCAUGCCCCAGGCGCCUCGCUACCAGGCCAAGCCGCAGCCCGUGCCUCAGCCCAUGCCCCAGGCGCCUCGCUACCAGGCCAAGCCGCAGCCCGUGCCUCAGCCCAUGCCCCAGGCGCCUCGCUACCAGGCCAAGCCGCAGCCCGUGCCUCAGCCCAUGCCCCAGGCGCCUCGCUACCAGGCCAAGCCGCAGCCCGUGCCUCAGCCCAUGCCCCAGGCGCCUCGCUACCAGGCCAAGCCGCAGCCCGUGCCUCAGCCCAUGCCCCAGGCGCCUCGCUACCAGGCCAAGCCGCAGCCCGUGCCUCAGCCCAUGCCCCAGGCGCCUCGCUACCAGGCCAAGCCGCAGCCCGUGCCUCAGCCCAUGCCCCAGGCGCCUCGCUACCAGGCCAAGCCGCAGCCCGUGCCUCAGCCCAUGCCCCAGGCGCCUCGCUACCAGGCCAAGCCGCAGCCCGUGCCUCAGCCCAUGCCCCAGGCUCCUCGCUACCAGCUCAACCGCAAUUUUGGCUCUGGUCUUACUGCCCAGACUGAAGCUUCAACCAGCACAGGGGAUGCAGCAGGAAUGAGUGGGACCAAUUUCUAUGGAAGCAAAGGUGGAUUUGGCUACAGCCCCAACUAGAACAUAACCCAUCAACUGACGGAUCUCGGAUGUUUUUCAACUGAUGGGCCCUGUUGAAUUAAAGCUUGUGACAUGAUUGUCUUUGGAGAAAUAAAAUGCAAUUUGUAUGA